CAAGAAAACAUUUUCGCCCAAAGCACGCACUUAGCAGGCGGUGUUUUACAUUCGCUCUCGCCGAACCCCGAGCUAAGGAGGCUAUAUUUAGGUUUUUGUCUCGACCACGCAAACAAACACACGCACACACACACACACAUCUAAUGCCUAAUGCAUUUGGCAUCUGGUUUUGUCGGGAAUGGGAAGACUUUCGGCAUUGUUUUCCCGGAAAAGGUUAACCUCCGCAAAAACGCGCUUACUCGUGGAUCAGCUUAAAACGUCCUGCGGAAUAUUUUUGGAUCCGACCAUUCGCUCACCCAACAUACAAGAAACGAAAGCACUAAAGAUACUGGACCAAAUCGUUACCAGAUCCCACCGACACAUCAUCCAGUACAUACCGGACCGCGAUGCCAUACUCGAAUGUUCGCUGAUACUGGUGCAGAACUAUGUCGCACAUUUGCGGCUAAGACCGAGCACGCUGAAACACUGCCAACGGGAACCAUUCGCAAACGCCAAGGUGCUCUUUCAGGCCGCCAUUGAUCUGCUCGUACCGGAACUGCUGGACGAGGUGAUCGAUACGAUCCUGAAGUUCCUGCAGACGGAAAACCUCUGGCAUGUGGAGUUUAUCUGCGUGGAGAUACUGCUGUUUGUGCUCGAGUGUCGUUCACCUUCGGCCUCAUUGCUGUCAAAGUUGAUCGAUCGUGUCGAACGGUUUCUGCAGCUUUCAGACAUUGGACAGGUACGGCACGUUCUCUCCGUAUUGCAGAACGUGAUCAUAUCGCAGCGUUGGGAUUUGAUCGAAUAUUCCGACCUGUCGAAGUUGCUGCGCUUUUAUCACACGAGCGUUAUGAUCGGGACAAGCCGCAAUCAAAUUUACGAACUUCGUCGAGGGUUUGAGAAAUGUCUCAAGGAUCUUGUCCCACUCUUGUCCGUAGCCGAUCGGUAUGGGUUUUUCAUCAUGAUGUUACCGCUCGUGUUCGAUACCGACAUGUCAGACGAGGCACGGAUUGAGUUCGGUUCCACGGUAGAACAUGCCGCUUCCCACAUGACACUGUACGACCUCCGGAAUCAGCUGCUGGUAUCCGAGGUGAGCUCGUACAUCGUGGAGUAUCUGCUGCAGUGCAUUGAAUCCGAAGACCCUACCAGAUGCAUUCUUGCCUGCAAGGUACUGAUAAAGCUGCUCGACCGUGGCCAACACAACCCGGACCAGUUUCAAUCACCUGCCAUCUUCCACAUGGACACCUACUACGAGAUUGUGCUGGCCACUGAGUACACUUCCCUGCAGCAGUUGCUCAUGGAACAACGGGUACAUCUAGAGCAUGCGCUGCUGCAAGCCAUAGAGCGUCACAGCCAGCGCAAGAUGAACCUGGAAGUGUUCUAUCAACUGCUCUGUACGCUGCUCGUGGAAGCUCCGAGUGGCUUUACCGCCUCCGCCAUCUGCUGUCUAUUGCUCAAGGUGCAAAAGAUCUUUCUUUACCCUUCCACCGGUUCUCAGCUAGAGUUGGUGGAUGAAUCGCAACACACCAAUCGAAUACAUGCCACGAUAAUGGCAGUGAUGACACUGAUCAACUGGAUCCAUCGGGCAGGAUCGAUGAAUGCGUACAUUACGCGCGUGCUGCACAAUCGGUUCGAUCACGCACCAAGCCUUAAUCCGCCGCUGCGCGAACAGUACCGACAAGCGGCGCAUCACAUUUCCUGGUACGAUAGUAGGCUUUUCUUCGAUACGCUCGAGAUACGGUACAGUCUGUGGAAAUGUUUCCGCAUUUCGGAGGAAAAGAUUCCUAAACCUGCACGGAUGCGCUCUAGAACAUAUGAUGAUCCCCGGCGACGACUCAACGAUGGUACGCUGAACGUUUUUACUGGCAUGUAGAAGAUCGCUGAAAGGACUGUUCAAAAUUACGUAUGGAAUAGAUAGAAUUUUGAACUUUAUAUUUUAUUUUGCAAUGAAAGUUAUACUUAAAUUAUAUGCGUCCAG